CGGUCACCCAAUCACAUUUCUCCGCCGUCAAUCGUCUCUAUCCGACGGCGUUCUCCUCUCUUUCCGUACGCAGCCUAACCGGUUGAUAACGGUAAACAAAAACACACAAAAUCCCUCACCCCAUCAUUUCCCAGAAAAUGUAAAAAAGAAGAGAAAAAAAAAAAGAGGAAAAUCCAAACAGAAAUUAACACAUCAUCAUCAUCAUCAUAAUUUCUACAGUUUGGCAUUUCUAGAGAGAGAAGCAAAAAGAGAAAUAAUUUGGUUAGGGAGAUAGAUUUGUGUUUUCCACUUAUUUCUUUGAUGCGUUGAAGCUUUGAGAUUUUGAUUUUCUUCGUCCAGUUUCUAUUUCUCUCUCUCUCCUCGAUUGGCUCCAUUCUAAUUGUUCUUUCUUUUUUUUUCCCCUAUCUUUUUAAGAGUCACGGAGAGAAAGAGAGUUAAAGAGUAUAAAACGCGAAGACCUAAUCGACGCUUUCUCUCUCUCCUUUUCAAGAUUUUAUUUCCCUUGGAAAAUUUUGGAGUUCUCUCUUUUUUUUUUUUGGUGUUUUUUUGGAUUGUGAAUAUAUAGUAUUUCAGCUAGGGUUUCAGUUGGUUGUGAGCUAUUAUUGUUGAAUUGGGGAGUGAAUCGUUGAAAAUGGUGAUUAGGGAUGCGAAUUGGUUGGAAUUCUAGCUCCGAUCUUCAAAUUAGGGUUAGGAUUGUAGGCUUGAAACAAUGGAUGUGGACUCAUCGAUGGUGCCGGAGACCGAUCAAGAUUCAGCGGUGCAAAAUGCUUCGUCGCCAACUGCAAUGGAUAGGGAGCAGCUAAGGGAUGAGCCGCAGCCGGCAGGAUCUUCUAGUCCUUCAUCGGUGCCUCCACCGGUACAGACGCCUGCACAGCCUCAGGGGCAGCAGCAAAGCCCCGUUGUGGGGCCGAGGCAUGCGCCUACUUAUUCGGUGGUGAAUGCCAUUAUAGAGAAGAAGGAAGAUGGACCGGGGCCUAGGUGUGGGCACACCCUGACUGCGGUGGCUGCUGUUGGCGAGGAGGGAACGCCUGGCUACAUCGGGCCGAGGUUGAUUUUGUUCGGUGGUGCCACGGCUCUUGAGGGCAAUUCUGCAGCCUCAGGGGCUCCUUCCUCAGCUGGGAAUGCAGGCAUUAGACUAGCAGGUGCCACUGCUGAUGUUCACUGUUAUGAUGUGCUAACAAAUAAAUGGUCUAGGAUUACUCCUUUUGGAGAACCACCCACACCAAGGGCUGCUCAUGUGGCAACUGCUGUGGGCACCAUGGUAGUUAUUCAGGGUGGAAUUGGUCCAGCUGGUUUGUCAGCUGAGGAUCUUCAUGUUCUUGACCUCACACAACAACGGCCGCGAUGGCACAGAGUUGUUGUUCAAGGCCCUGGACCAGGCCCACGAUAUGGACAUGUUAUGGCUUUGGUUGGCCAAAGGUAUCUCAUGGCAAUUGGAGGUAAUGAUGGGAAGCGUCCUUUGUCUGAUGUCUGGGCCCUUGACACUGCUGCCAAACCUUAUGAGUGGCGUAAAUUGGAACCUGAAGGGGAAGGUCCACCGCCAUGCAUGUAUGCCACUGCAAGUGCCCGAUCAGACGGUCUUCUUCUGCUUUGUGGGGGGAGGGAUGCAAAUAGUGUGCCAUUAGCCAGUGCUUAUGGUCUUGCUAAACAUAGGGAUGGUCGUUGGGAAUGGGCAAUUGCUCCUGGUGUCUCUCCAUCUCCAAGAUAUCAACAUGCAGCAGUUUUUGUUAAUGCGAGACUCCAUGUGUCUGGAGGUGCACUUGGCGGUGGACGCAUGGUAGAAGAUUCAUCCAGUGUUGCAGUGUUGGAUACUGCAGCAGGUGUUUGGUGUGAUACAAAAUCUGUUGUUACUAGUCCAAGGACUGGCAGAUACAGUGCUGAUGCUGCUGGUGGGGAUGCUGCAGUUGAGUUGACCAGGCGUUGCAGGCAUGCAGCUGCUGCAAUUGGUGACUUGAUAUUUAUAUAUGGUGGUCUGCGUGGAGGAGUGUUGCUUGACGAUUUGCUUGUUGCUGAAGAUCUAGCUGCUGCUGAAACAACAACUGCAGCUUCUCAAGCUGCAGCUGCAGCUGCUGCUUCUAAUGUACAUUCAGGCAAGAUAUCUGGAAGGUAUGGAUUUGUUGAUGAAGGAUCUAGGCAAGCAAUGCAUGAAGCAGUACCUGAUGGUGCAGUUGUACUGGGCAAUCCAGUUGCUCCUCCUAUAAAUGGUGAUAUGUACACCGAUAUAAGCACUGAAAAUGCCAUGCUCCCUGGACAUAGUAAAUCACUAUAUAGGAGAACAAACCGAGGGGUGGAGUAUUUGGUUGAAGCAUCAGCUGCAGAAGCUGAGGCUAUUACUGCCACUUUGGCAGCUGCUAAGGCACGGCAAGUUAAUGGAGAAGUUGAACUGCCAGACAGGGAUCGUGGUGCAGAGGCUACCCCUAGUGGCAAACAGAUAUCUACUUUGAUUAAGCCUGAUUCUGCUGGAUCAAAUAUUGUUGCUCCCGCUGGUGUUCGGCUGCAUCACAGAGCUGUUGUUGUAGCUGCAGAGACUGGUGGAGCUUUAGGUGGGAUGGUCAGACAGCUUUCAAUUGAUCAGUUUGAAAAUGAAGGCAGGCGGGUCAGCUAUGGGACCCCAGAGAAUGCAACUGCUGCUAGAAAACUACUAGAUCGGCAGAUGUCCAUCAAUAGUGUGCCCAAAAAGGUUAUAGCACAUCUUUUGAAGCCUCGUGGAUGGAAACCUCCAGUUCGUCGUCAAUUUUUCUUGGAGUGCGGUGAAAUUUCAGAUCUUUGUGACAAUGCUGAAAAGAUAUUGUCAAGUGAGCCAAGUGUUCUACAGCUUAGAGCUCCCAUCAAGAUAUUUGGUGAUUUGCACGGGCAGUUUGGUGAUCUGAUGCGCCUAUUUGAUGAGUAUGGUGCACCAUCAACAGCUGGUGAUAUAGCAUAUAUCGAUUAUCUCUUCUUAGGAGAUUAUGUUGAUCGGGGUCAGCACAGCCUGGAAACCAUUACUCUUCUGCUUGCUUUGAAGGUGGAGUAUCCCCAUAAUGUUCAUUUGAUUCGUGGGAAUCACGAAGCUGCAGAUAUCAAUGCCCUUUUUGGCUUCCGGAUUGAAUGCAUUGAGCGUUUGGGGGAGAGAGAUGGAAUUUGGAUUUGGCAUCGGAUAAAUCGUUUGUUCAAUUGGCUUCCCUUGGCAGCACUGAUUGAAAAGAAAAUAAUUUGUAUGCAUGGCGGUAUUGGUCGUUCAAUAAAUCAUGUGGAACAGAUUGAGAAUCUUCAGCGUCCAAUUAGUAUGGAAGCAGGCUCAAUUGUUCUUAUGGAUUUGUUAUGGUCGGAUCCAACAGAAAAUGACAGUGUGGAAGGACUGCGGCCGAAUGCUAGAGGUCCAGGGCUGGUGACUUUUGGGCCGGAUCGAGUAAUGGAAUUCUGCAACAACAAUGAUCUGCAGUUGAUUGUACGUGCCCAUGAAUGUGUGAUGGAUGGCUUUGAGCGUUUUGCCCAGGGACAUCUAAUCACACUUUUCUCAGCUACCAAUUACUGUGGUACUGCCAACAACGCUGGGGCAAUUUUAGUUUUGGGAAGAGACCUUGUGGUGGUCCCAAAACUAAUUCAUCCCUUACCACCAGCCAUCUCAUCACCGGAAGCUUCACCUGAACGCCACAUUGAAGAUACAUGGAUGCAGGAGUUGAAUGCUAACAGGCCUCCUACCCCAACCAGAGGUCGUCCUCCAGUGACAAAUGACAGGGGAUCUCUUGCUUGGAUAUAGUAGAUGCUUAUGAUUAUUUCCCUAAUACUCAUUCCGGGCGCAUGCUAGCACCUUGAGUUAUGGUGUCUGUAUAGAUGACGAUGCCAUAUCCAGGGAUUCUGAAACUUGUGAUCGUUUUAUUUUUUGUUUCCUGAUAAAAGUUUGAGGGCUUUCCUAAUUUUUUUUUUCCGACUUCAAAGUGCGGUCAGUAGGCGAGAUGACAAAUAUACAAGUGUGAGAAGCAGGUUGCAGGCGGCUGUUAGUUUAAUGUGCUCAAAGAUGCAGUUCAGGAGCACCCGCCUUUGUAAAUUGAGCCACGAGCGGGUACAAGUCAAAACUUUGUUUGGGUUGUUAGUGCUGGGUAUUUUCCAUGUUAGUUUAAUAUUUUUUUUCCCAUUCCUCGUUUAGGCCUAAUUUUUUUCUUUUUUUAAAAAAAGGGGGCAUGAGAUCCUUAUAUGGUGUGGUGAGAUAUAAAUAUUUAAAUCCUUCUUGGGGGCGUCCAUGUAUCAUAGAGGUAUCAUCCUGGUGUAGUUUUCAGUUGUGUUUUUUCUGUACAAUCACAAUGUAAUUUGUGUGAAGAUAGAAACUUUUUGAGCGACGUAAAAAUUUGGGAAAUUUUGGUCAGUAAUUGGGUUUCAGCUGCGAAUUCCAAAACAAGCGUGAGAAUAUUUGGGCCUCAAUCUGAGAAUUAUUAGUUUUGUAUUCUUUCUCUGCAA